UGACAAGCGAGCAAAACGCAGAAGAAGAACUAGAAUAACGGUUGAAAAAAAAGAGUCCCGAGUUUCAGUGGCGCUGCGGCGGGUAUUUGAAGCUCGAGGCCGCUUAUACUUUGACUAUUGUGUGUUAUUGAUGUUAGCAUCCAGUCAGCGUCUCUCGGGUAAUGAAGCACAUUAUUGUUCCUCUGGGUUGUGUUCGUGUCAUUAUUAUCUUUAGUAAAGACCCUUUCAACCCGUGAGUUAAGGUGGCUGCCACAGGAAUGACCACUUCACAGAAAUACCAGAACCCCAAACUUGCAGGACAUUCUGACACGGAAUGGCUGACACCUGCUGUGUCUGAGAAGUUCCAGAGCCGUUUUGGAUGGCGGCCCAGCACAGCGGACAGUGGGGACAUGGGCCUGGGUACCUCUGACCACACUGAAGACAUCUGCAGCACUAGCAGCAGUCCCUCUUUCCAGCCCAUCCGCAGUCAGAUCCCCAUCCCCACCGCCCAUGUCAUGCCCUCCACGGCCGGAACUCUGGCCUCCAAGCUCAAGCCGCGUGCUUCUGAAGAGGGCCGGGUGUCCUCCAGCUCUUCCAGCUCCAAGUCAUCCCUCCCCAAAUCUGCAUCCUCCCCCAACCUGGAUGCUCAGCACGAUGGAAAUUUAGACACGACUGCGGUCAAGCCUGAUUGCCUGAGCCGAUACCGCAGCCUGGUUAAUGGCCUCGAUCACUCGCUCUUCCCCUCCGGAGAUCAGACGCGGCUGGAUGAAGCCCAGGAGUUUGAGGUACCUGCCAUGGAGCCAACGCUUAAUCAGUCGGCUCUGCUCGGGGGACUUUGCCAUGAUGUACGGCAACAGCUGCAAAUGACCGGGCUUGGGGACAAUACAGGCUUGCUGGAACAGACCUAUAAAGUGCUACCAGAGGUUAGGGCAGGUCUCAACUGUCCCUUGGACCCAUACGGCCAGAGGAACAUUCAUCCAGGGUCUGGUGCUUCUGCCAGGAUGUUUUCCGUACCUCAGGGCCUGCAGACUCAGGCUCUCCUGAGGGACCAGGCCAACACUGGAGCUUAUGAUCCACUACUGCAGGAACGCUGUGGUGAACUGGCCAGCUGGCAGCAGCAGAAGCAGAAACUCGAGAGUCUGCGGCUACAGGUGGAACAAAUGCAGUUAAUGACAGGAGGAAGUGGACAGUAUGCAUCUCUCUAUCCAGCAACCUCUCACACUGAGAACAGCAAGUGGGAUGCUGUCAUUACAGCCAAUGAGAACUUGCUAAAAGAGAAAGAACUUACCAUUGAAAGGCAGAAGCAGCAAAUGUCUCAGCUGGAACAGCGUCUCAGAGAGAGUGAGAUGCAGGUGCACAGUGCCCUCAUGGGACGUGGAGCCCCUUACACCGAUGUGUGUCUGUUGAGACUGCAGGAAGCCCAGCGGGAAAACGCUUUUUUGCGAGCCCAGUUCGCCGAACGCAACGACUGCUUUGCCAAGGAGAAGCUAGAAGCGGACCGGAGACUGGGUGCAGUGGAAGCAGAGACGCAACGUCUGAACGAGGUCUUGAAAGAGAGCAGUGAAAAACAUGCAGAGGAGCUAAAGAAACAAGAAGAAAGGAUCCGAAGUCGAGACAAGCAUAUCAACAGCUUGAAAAAGAAGUGUCAGAAGGAGUCGGAGCAGAACAGAGAAAAACAGCAGCGGAUUGAGACGCUCGAGCGAUAUCUGGCUGACCUUCCCACCAUGGAAGACUACCAGGCCCAGCACAAAAAGCUGGAGGAGGCAGAGGAGAGAACAGCUCAGUUGCAGGCCACUGUCAGAGAUCUGGAAGCCAAACUGGAGGAGGCCCGCAGUGCUGUGCGCAACAAAGAGAUCCACCUGGAAGAACAGAGACGCAAGGAGAGAGAACUGCUCACAACAGUCACCAGUCUCCAGAACAGAGUGCAGGAGAGCCUUGAGGAUGGAGUGAGAUUGCCUUCUCUUGACAUAGAGAAGCUACGAGAAGAAAACACUACCUUGAAAGAGGAGCAACAGCGACUCAAAAAGGUCAUUGAAAAGCAACUCAGGAUAAUGGAGCAGCUUGGCUCACAGAUCAGGACUCUGGAGGAGCAGCUCUCUCAGGAGGAGAGCAGUAGUCAGGCCCUACGAGAGGAAAUGGCAGAGAAAGAGGAGAGUCUGCUGCAGUUACGCACCGCUAUGAAAGAGCUCUCAGCACAGAACCAGGAGCUGAUGGAACAUAAUCUGACACUGCAAGAGCGUCUUCAGGGUGAGGAGGCGCCGAGUGGCCAUGGUUUGCUCCCUGUGGGAGCCCGCCUCACCCAGAAGCUGUAUGGUGAGAUGGCCGCCUGUCUGUGUGACCUCCGCUCCCUCUGCAACGUCCUCACCCAGCGGGCUCAGGGCCAUGACCCAAACCUCUCCAUGCUGCUUGGCAUUGCCUCAGCUCCCCCUCCAGUGGGAGAGCAGUGGGAGGACUGGCUGAGCCCUGAGGGGCUGCAGAAGAAGCUGCAGGAAGCUCAGCAGCUCCGUCGAGACGUCGAGGAACUGAGAACCACAGUCUCUGACCGCUACGCUCAGGAUAUGGGAGAAAACUGCAUAACUCAGUGAGCUCGGACAGUACAGCUUUUGCUCAAAUGAGGGUAACUCCACAUCACGAGUGCCUUUAAAGACACUACAAUCUCUAGUAACACAAACCUUCUUCAUGAAGGAUUAGCGACACUAAGGACACUAAUCUCGCAAACCAGAGGGCUAUUUUUAUACAUAAGAUAUUUUUCUAAGAUUUCGAUGACUGUGUGCAGUGGAAAGAGAAUGAUUUAAUAUAAACCUUUCCAUGUAUUUGGGAACGUCUGUGAUGAAGUUGACAAUCAACUGAAAAUAUUUAAUCUUUUGGUGCAACAAGGCGCGGUGUGUUUUUUACAAUGGCAAAGUGAGUGAUGCUUGGUUGUGUGUAACAAGAAGACAUUAACUGGUAUCCAUCAUCUUACAGUAAACCGAACGUACCACAUUAAACAUGGAAUGUAAGGCUGAGGAAAUAUUUGGCCACCUCUGGCUGUUUGAAAUUACACCAGCAGAUCUUGUGUAUAAAGUUGUUGGAGAAUAGACAUUCCCUAAUAUUAUAUAAUAACCAAAGUUCAACGUGAUCAAAGACAGACCUAUCAGAACAGUUUCCAUAAUGCUGUAAAGAGUCUUGGUGUACUCGGUAUUAUGCAGACCAAUAAAUGGGGACAUUUUAAAGCAAGAGGGGGCUGUAAACAUUAUAUUAAAUUCUGGUUGUCUGUUAAAUUUAAAAAAGUUCAUAGAAUACCGUUUAAGUUUAGGAUCUCUUAAUUGCAGUGUAACUGAUCAUAUUAUCUGUAUUUUUCUCGAGAAUCCUGUGACAUUAUUAGGUUCUUUGCUGCUGCAAAAUUAACACUAAAAAAAUGUAUUCUUUUUGGCAUAAUUUGAACUGGUGGCAUUUGUUUGUGUGUUGGAGUAUUGAGGGGCAGUACUGUCUUGCCAAUAAAAUAACAGGAUAUAUGAUGUGCUCUGUCAUAAUCCAUGAUGUAUUUGCUGUCUGGUUCAUAAUUGGUUUUAUCAGCUAUAAAAAAAAAAAAAAAAAGCCACAUCAUUGAAUCAACACAUAAGAGGAAACCAACUGGUGAAGCAAAUAUUGUAUUGGUGAAUGUCAAACAUUAGAGCAGAUGCCUUGCGUUCAGGGAAGUUACCUGUAUUUGCUGCACAACAUGUCAAUGUAAACACUAAUUGUCUUUCUUUACAGUAAUGUGUGACUGCCGAGGUGUUGGGAUUCUAUUAUAAAAAGGGACCAUUAUUGUUGGGAGUGUUUUAUUGGUAAAUUGAUUUAUUCUGGUCCGGAAACAUCACUAACAAGUGUGAAUGUAAUUUGACAAUGCACCAGAUGUUUUUUAUAUUGUAAGAUCUCUUUCAGGUUUAACAGAAAACCAGCCAGGCAAACCUUAUGCCAAAAACUUUCUAACAACACUAAAUGUUUAUGUUUAUAUAUAUGUAUAUGUGUAUGUCUUAAGCU